UUUUUCGCUAUUUAGUACUAGAAACAAAGAACUUAAGUGCUUUCGAUAAAUUCGACAACUAAAUUGUGUGAAAAACAAUUACUAGUACAAAAUUAAAAAAAUGAAUCCAGAAUACGACUACUUAUUCAAACUACUCCUGAUUGGUGACUCUGGAGUUGGGAAAUCAUGUCUGUUGCUAAGAUUCGCUGAUGAUACGUACACCGAGAGCUACAUCAGUACUAUUGGCGUGGACUUUAAAAUUAGGACUGUAGACUUAAAUGGCAAGACAAUAAAGUUACAAAUAUGGGACACAGCUGGACAGGAGCGGUUUAGAACCAUCACCUCAUCAUACUACAGAGGAGCACAUGGAAUCAUCAUUGUAUAUGAUUGCACAGACCAGGAUUCAUUCAGCAAUGUGAAACAGUGGUUAGAGGAGAUUGAUCGUUACGCUUGUGACAAUGUGAACAAACUGCUCGUCGGUAACAAGUGUGACUUAACCACUAAAAAGGUUGUCGACUUUAGUACAGCUAAGCAAUAUGCGGAACAGCUGGGCAUUCCGUUCCUCGAGACGUCAGCGAAGAACUCUACGAACGUUGAGCAGGCGUUCAUGACGAUGGCGGCGGAGAUCAAGGCGCGCGUGGGCCCGCCCUCCACCGGCGCCGCGCCUGCCGGCCACGUCAAGAUCGAUCAGGGACAGCCCAUUGACACCGGCAAGUCCUCGUGCUGCUGAAUACUGCCUGCUUACUCACGAGCGUGCGUGCGUGACGCGAGGAUAGAGACAGACGAGGACAGUUCCGGUCACACCCGCGACACUACAACAAUGAAAUUACAACAAAAAAAUAUCGCAACAUUACGAUUAUAAAUAAAUAAAUUUAAACAAUUUUGUGUGACGCCCGCUCGUCCACCGCUAACGUUAUUUAGUUGCUGUCAGGUUAAAAUUUAGAA